AGGAAAACAAGAGAUAUUGACAAGAAAUAUCAAGUUAAUUUGUAAAUUAUUUCAUCAGGAUCACGAUGAAAUACAUAAACCUAUAUUGUAAUACAUUAAUAACUUAAAUGUAAUGAUAUAGAACUCGGAAACGGCCCCAAAUGAACAGUAGAAAGGGCCAAUAAAUGGGGCUUGGUAGCCCUGGUGGAAGACUUGAAAUUUCUGUUCUGUAUAAUUUGAUUAUUGGUUUGGAAGUUCAGUUAUUCCUUUAGUGUGGCUCAGUAUCAAAAAAUCCCCAUGAGUACACCAAAGAGAGAGGGAUACGAAAAGAGUGACGAUCAACAGCGAAGAAAAUCUAGUGCCACUCGAUCUAGCAUGCAGAACCGGGGAAGUGCCUCUGGUAAUUCUGGUGUGCUCAUGGUUGGGCCAAACUUCAGGGUUGGAAAGAAGAUUGGGUGUGGAAACUUUGGAGAAUUGAGGCUUGGAAAAAAUUUAUACAACAACGAACAUGUGGCUAUAAAGUUGAAUAUAUUUGAAUUGGAACCUAUGAAAUCAAGAGCACCACAACUUCACUUAGAGUACAGAUUUUACAAGCAGCUCGGACAAUCUGAUGGCAUUCCUCAAGUUUACUACUUCGGUCCAUGUGGGAAAUACAACGCACUGGUGCUUGAACUGUUAGGCCCCAGUUUGGAAGAUUUAUUUGACCUCUGUGAUCGCAAGUUUUCGCUCAAGACUGUACUCAUGGUCGCUAUACAGUUGUUGUCACGUAUGGAAUAUGUUCAUUCUAAACACCUCAUAUACAGAGAUGUGAAACCCGAGAACUUUCUUGUGGGAAGACAAUCAACCAAGAAACAGCAUAUCAUUCAUGUUAUUGACUUUGGACUGGCCAAAGAAUAUAUAGAUCCUGAAACACAUAAACAUAUACCAUACAGGGAACACAAAAGUCUGACGGGAACUGCACGCUACAUGAGUAUAAACACACAUUUAGGAAAAGAACAAAGUCGGAGAGAUGAUUUAGAAGCUUUAGGUCACAUGUUUAUGUAUUUUCUUCGUGGAAGUUUGCCGUGGCAGGGCUUGAAAGCAGACACACUGAAAGAAAGAUAUCAAAAAAUAGGAGACACAAAGCGAGCAACGCCUAUUGAGGUUCUCUGUGAGAACUUCCCAGAUGAGCUAGCAACUUACUUGCGCUAUGUGAGAAGGCUAGAUUUUUUCGAAACGCCCGACUAUGACUACUUGAGGAAACUGUUUACUGAUCUCAUGGAGAAGAUGAGCUAUGAGUGUGACUGGCAGUUUGACUGGGUGGGCAGACAAGUGUCGACACCUGUUUCGUUGAGUGCCGCCGACACCGGUCCUUCCCCUCAGAGGGACAACAUUCGAGAGAGGCACAACACAACACACUACAACAGACAGAGUACAAAUCAAAGGGGGAAUGCAUGGGGUGAACAACCACGGCACUCCAAUAAUUUACUUGGUGCCAACCUGGCGGCAGAUAAACAUGGGGGUUCUGUGCAGGUGGUCAGUUCAACCAAUGGUGAGCUUGCGCCGGAUGACCCGACUGCUGGACAUUCUAACACACCAAUCACAGCACAGCAAGAGGUUGAGGUCAUCGAUGAGACAAAGUGCUGCUUCUUCCGGCGACGCAGAAAAAAGAAGGGCCGCCAGACCUAACCAGGAACUUGAGGAAUUUAGCCAUCCUAUGGUUAACCUUUUUCUUUGUACUAGCUGCCAACCAUAGAGAUUUUUCUAGCACUAAAACAAGAGCCACCAAAAACUUACCUUUGCACUAGAUGUCGCCGUAAAAAGAAACAAUUGUAAAAUAGUUAAUGCCAACCAGACUGUGAACAUUAACUCUUGUAUUCUUUACACAAUGUGUGGUUACAUCGGUUUUGUCAUUCCCAGCAUGCCCUGUGUGUGCUGAAGUGGAUACAUCCUGUGGUUGUUUAGUUUUUUCUUUGUGUUUUUUUUUUAAAAUCUAAAUUGCUAGCUUUGUGUACUCUGCGAUCUGUACACCACUGUCGCUCUCUUUUGUGAACAAUUCUUUUAGUGGCUGUACAUUGCCAGUCAUGUGUCCUCCUUUGUCUUGGCCUGCAGGUGCUGUGGGUGCUUCUCUCGUGGAAGACGGAAGCGUGGUAAGACGAAACGCCAGAAAUGACUCGUUGCCUUUGGACAGACCAGGGACACAUUACCACUGCAUUGUCAGGAAGACUCUUAUGUAGAUAGCGAGUCUAAGGACACUAGCAAUCUCGACGGUGUGCAGAAGUUAAGCCCAAGACAUUUCCCCGUGCUUCACACUGGAUACGUCAAUCAGACAUUUCUGUAGCUGCACCACAAAUGCUUAAUAAUAUCUUUAUAUAUAUGUGUAUGGAGUGGAUGUAGUCUUUCUUACUGCAACAAACCUGUUCUCGAACAAGUAACAACUUUUCAGGGUUCAAGGUGGACCCAGAACAUUUAAAGAAAUUUUGGUGAAUAUUUAGCAAAUUUCUAAGUUUUAGUUGGCGAAACAAACUGUAACAAAAUUAACAUUGUUUAAAGCACUGUGUUUCAUUUUCACAAAACUUUUGGCAAUCUAAUAACAAAAUAAAUUUACUAAAUCCAACUUCAAUUCACACUUAGUCAUUCAGCAAAGACAGCAAUGUCUAUUCAAAAGCUUUAUUUAAUUACAGUCCUGUUAUAUACACAACUCUUAAAUGGCACAUUAAAUUUAACACACACAAAAAAAAAUAAGAAAAGAAAACAACAAAUCUAAAAUGUUAAAAACAAAAAAAGGAGACAAUGUUUAACUUGAAAAUGCAAUUGUAUGUACAAGAAAUGGAAAAUAGUAUGGGGUUGUUGUUUUUUCUCUCAAAAAAUAUAUACUAAUGCUUAAAAAAAGAAGAAAAAACCUUGUUCACAAAAGCUUAUUUUUUAAUGCUAUUAUUUUGUUAGUAUGUCCCUAGACUUGAUGUUUUGCAGUAGCUUAGUUUUCAAUGCUAUAUUGUUUUCAAUGUUUGGCUACCUUUAAGACUGGGCAGGCCUGUUCGUUCCAACAUUUUUCAUGUAAAAAAUUGCAAUUUGAUGGUAACCAAGGUUUGAUGUUGAAUGUUUUUGCACUUUACAUUGCUUGCUUAUCUUUUUAAUUUAAAAAUUAUUAUUAUUAUUAAUAUUAUUAUUAUUAUUAUUAUUAUUAUUAUGUUUUGUUAUUAUCAGUACAUUUAAUUUAACAGUAGUUUUUAUUGUGUCAAGACUAUUUGCAUGCAUUUGGUUGAAUUAGUUGCAGUAACUGUUUCCUCGGUGAAUUCCCAGUUUGCACAGCUCCUGGUUUGAUCCAGUAAGUCAGAAGAGAAUGUGAAUUUGUUCAUUUAUUAAUGUGUAUUCCACAACUUAAUAUAUACUCAACAAUAUUAAUUAAAGUAAACCUUUUAAUAAUACUUUGCUUGGGUGAUAAUAAUGUAGCAAGUUUUUAAUCACUGAUGACUUGCAGGCAUUGCUUCAGUAAAAUAUUACUUGUGAUAUACACAGAAAUCUUGCAUAUUGUUGGUUUUUCUUGCAGUUGUGAAGUGUCGAAAUGUACAAUCUUCUAAGAGUCAUUACACAUUGGUUUGUAAUGAUACUUGUCAUUUUGGGUUUUUUACUCAAAAUUGUUCAAAUCAUUAAAUUUGAGAGCAUGUCACAACGUCAACACUUUAAAAAGGAAGAAGCUAUGUUUCAUUUUUUACUGGCCUUUUAAUUAAUUUUGUUGAGAAUGUAUACGUUGUGUAUCUUCUACCACUAAGUACAUUUAUUUAGAUUUCUGAUGAAAACAUUGUUUUACAUGUCAGGUACAAUGUAUCUAGGCUAUUCCCACAAAUGACCACUUGGGAACAUGGAGGUAACAUCUUUGUCAGUCUGCUGGAUUAAAACGCUUUUGGUUUUUUACAUAUUCCUUGUUGGAUGUGACAAAUAAAAUAAAAAUUGGGGUGAGGGGGAAGAAGGUAAGGAUAAUAUUCUGGUUAUAAGGAUAUUUUUGUGGGAUUGAGUGUUGGGGACUAGUGGAUGGGUAUUCUACAAAAUGUUUUUGUGUAUUUAAAUAAUACUGACUAAAAAAAGUUCUUGUGCAUACUUUAGAAACGGUUGGUAUAAAUUUAAUGAUAUUGAAUGAAAAAUAAAUUGUUUUCACAAAAUUAUUUAUUGAACAAGAUUAUUUUCACAAUUAUGGCAUGUCCACACAAGUCGCACAUUUCAACCAUUUACAGACUUUACAGUUGGGUUGAGACCAUUUUAUCUGUUGCACAGGAACCUUUCUGUGAGUAUAUUUAAUGAUUAGUGACUGGUUGUAAUUAAUGGGAUUUUAUUCUGUGAGGAUUUUAAUAUAUUGCCUCCCACAUUCCACCCCUCAAGUGUUCAUUUCUGGAACAACCCAUAUCUAAUAACCAAAACAUUCAUUAGAUGUAUUAUUUUCUUUCACUGAACACUGCCCUAAUUAUUACAAUGUAGAAGUAAAAUAAAAGGUUGGGGUUUUUUUGGACAAAUUACUUGACUUGUCUGACUUAACAGAUGUAAUGAUUUGGUUUACCUAGUUUACAGUAAACACCUCUUGAUUACGAAACUGGAUCAGAAUUGGUAGUUGUAUGCAAUGCUGUUUAAAUGUACUAAGUAAAAUCUUCUUGGACUACACAAUCAUAAAUGUUGUUUUCAGUUUGCCGUUGUAUGUAGAAUGAGAAGCAAAUUAGUUUCAUGUAAUCUGUUACAUAAAAAUGUGUUGUGAUAAUUGAAUUCAAUCUUACAAAUGAAAAGAUGUUUGUUUCUUUCAUCGAAACAGUCAGGAGGACUAAAAUUUGGAAGCAAUAUUCAUUUUUGUUUUUAAAAUAAAAUUGUGUUUGUUGCAGUAUCUAUAAACCGAUAAGGUAUGUUAAUGUAUGUAUUAUGCAUUGUUUGCUAUUCAGUACUAUUUUAGUCUUUAUCAGUUACUUUGCCCCGAUUGCAAACAUUUUAUUAUUAUUUUCCUCUUUUUUUUUUUCUUUUUUCUCAUAUAAAAUUUAAUUUUAGAAUGAAGUGUUAUGAGUAAAUAUCUGUUGGGAUGAAGUUCCAUUGUGCAUGAUAAAAUACUUGAAUCAUUGAACAGUCAAUGGUGAAAUGUUACACCUAAAAAAUCUUUUUAAUAUAACGUUCAAAAUAUUUGUGCCAUAUAUUUUUGUUUAACUUUUACCAAAGAUUAUUUAUAUAACUUGACACAUCAGUCAUUUUAUUUGUCCCAAACAAUGACUAUUAGCAUUUUAAAUUGGCCAGGACAAAUUAUUUAAAGUGUACACCUUUAAAUUAAUUUAUUAAUUGGGUCAGUUUUGUUAUAAAUGGAUACUGUUUAUAAAAUCUGUUAGAACAUCUUUUUUUUUUCUUUCUUUUUUUUCUUCAAAUAUUUAUAUUUUGGUGGUGCCAGUGGGUGUCAACAAAACAUCGAAUGAAAACAAAUGUUUAUUGUGCAUUUCAGGGAACGCAGAUCAUUCCAAGUAUAUGUAAUUAAGAGAAAAUGCAUUGCCAAAUGUACAUUGAUAUUCAACAUAAUUAGGUUAUGAAUGCAAGCAUGAUAUGUCUUGUUUCAGAUCUGUUUCUUCAUAUUUGAAUCUGUUUCAGAAAUGCUCAAAUAGUUUGGUAACAGUUCCUUUCAAGUGCCCAUAAAAUAAUAUCGAAGUCUAUCUGCUUUUAAAAAUAAAUUAGUCAUUUCAGAAUACUUAACAACAACAAAAAAACAAAAAAUUGUUAAAGUAAAAACAAUUCCUAAAAUAUGAUAAUUAAUGAAGCUGCCAUGAAUUUUUUUGUAGUUUAACAGUUGCUUUUCUCAUUUGUCAUGAAUAAAUUGAUUCACCAAAGCUAACUAAAAACCAAAGAAGUUGAUUUUAGUUUCUUUAGAAAAGCAAACAAGAUAGGAAGAAAGAUCUAAGUAAAUAAAUCAACUGACAGUUUCAUGUCUUGUGGUAAAGUGGAUGCAGCUGGGUUUUGUACAGAUUUACAAGAACACAUAGAAACCUUCUUAUCAAAUAAUAGGUUGAUUCAUGUUGAAUGUGCAACAUAGUGAUCAGUUACUUUUUUAAUGUUUGGCCCAAGUCAUUUAUUUGAAUGUCACAUUCAGAAGGUUACAGGUUAACCCAAAUAAGACAAAGGAUGUAUAUGUUUUUUGUUAAUAUUAUCUGUUCAAUUGCAGUCAAGGGUUAGGGGCGGUUACUAUCAUUUUAGGAUAACAUCAGUGAGUAUGUUACCCGUAUUUGUUCAACAUAGGUUUGUGAUGUCUGUGUUUGUUAGACAAAAAAAAUAAAAAACUGUUAAAAGAGUUGGGGUGUUGGAGUCUUUGGGUUUCUAUUGCUUCACACCUUAAUUUGUACAUAAUUUUUAAAAAAGGCUUAUAAAACUGUCAUAUUUAGUCAUUUUGUAUAUGGACGCUGCACAAUUGUAUGUGGAGUAAUGUUUUUGUUGGUGCAACUUAGAAGCAAGUGUGUUCAACCCGUUUUCUCUGGUGAUGUGUACUUCUUCAGUGUCUACAAUGAUUUCCGAUGAUCAAAUUUGAGCUUUAUUGUCUUAUCAGCAGUGACCGUCAAGUGUCGUUCCCAGCCUGUCCAAAGGCGAGUGUUACUGUCGUCGUCCAUGCUGUAUGGACAUCAGCUGAGUGAAGAAUACUACAUUACAUGUACAUACGUAUACCCUUUGUUACACUUGUGUAUAUAAGUAUAUAUAUAUUAAGAUUACAUAGUAAGAUCAUAUGUGUAUUUAUGUUCUUUAACAUGCAUCACAACUUGUGGCCGUCUGUUGUGUGACCAGAAUGAAUGCUUUUGGGCAUCUGUCAGACAUUGAGAAACGGGGCACAGUUAAUUUCAUCUCUUCAUGAGGUGGGGUUUUUUUUACUUCACUGAGAAAUCUCUAUGGUUGUCACAGCUAAUCUCUUGUGUGAUUUCGGUUGGGGUGUAUCUUCUAGUCUGUAUUAAUUAUUAUGCAUUCAACUUGUUUAGCUGUAUUUUAAAGACUUUUUUUAUGUAUUUGUUUUAGACUAAAGUUGAUUGCAGUAAAGCAGCACUGUUUUGUCAUGUUGUGUUAAACCUUGACACUGAUUACACUUUGACAUCAUUCUCAUUCUAGCAGUAGGUCAUCACAUUGUGAAAAAGCCAUUAAACUUGUAUUCAUGAUUCUCUUGUGACACUACAUGCUACAAGUCAUUUAUAGUUUGUGGCAUAUUCAGAAUUGUUUUUAAUUCUUUCUAGUUUUUAUUGUCAGCUUUAAACAUACCUUUGUAAUUGAAAAGUUACUGUAAUCCUAUAAAUGAAGUGAAUAUACAUAAUAAAUUUUCUGGCCUGUUUUAAAUAUAAAUUAUUAUUAAAAUUUUACAACUGAAAUGUCUCCAAAACACUAAGAAAAACCAAUCAUUAUACUUAUAGGUAACAUGUUUACAUCUAUAUCACAAUAGAUCGAAAACAAAGAAUUACUUCACAGGUGUGCUAAACACUAAAGUGGUUAAAUUUAAUAGUGUUAUUAUGAAAGGUUGUUCACUCUACAAAUCCACUCUACAAUAGGUAUAACAAGUUGUUUAGACAAACACCAGGGCCAGUGGAAAAAUAUGUUAAUCUGGUUUAUACAUUUCACAUUAGAUCAAAUUAGGAAUCGGUCAAAUCAUUUAGUAAUAAAUUGAAGUUAAUGAAAUCAAUUGUUGAAAAUGCUUAGCUGGUAUAUUAUGACAGGUGCCCAUAGCUGUAUGGGUUUUUUUAACAGGUUUACUUUUUGUUUUAUAGCACUUGGUGGAAACACAAUAGUGUUCAAGGACAAUGUGUGAUAUUUCCCUAGGUAUUAUAUCAAUGUGACAGGCUGUUUGGUGGAAUUUAUUACAUGUCCAAUGUUAUUUUCUGAAAUUUAAGAAUCUGUGAUUUUGUUCUUAAGUUCACAUUUGUAUAAAGGGCCAAUUCAAUGUUUUUAGUUGCAAAUAUUGCUUGAUGUUGUAGCAUUUAUUUAAGAAAAAAAUUAAUUGUUUUGUUUUUUUUGCUUUGCUUUGCUUUUUUUUUUUUUUUUUUAAUGUUCAGUCUCAUUGAGAGAUUUUCUCUGACAACUUGUUGGUAUGUGUGAACUGUUUGGUUAUUUUAUUAUGGCUUCAGUCAUAUCAUAUGUCAUAUUUGAUUUGUAAUGGUCUGUCUUUCAUACCAUAAUAGUCCAAGACCCAGUGCUCUCAUUUUAUUCUAUUCACUUUGGGUCUGGGCUUAAUUUUUAAUCUAGAAUCAUGUACAUAUGCUCAUUAUCAUUGUCAUAUUUUAUUUUGUCCAUUUCAUUACUAACUCAUUUAGGGUGUGUUCACGCAGUACGACUUGUAGAGUGAUCUCUAGCAUUCAAUUCAGUUGCAUCAACAUGUUUAACAUUGGUAAUUAAAAAUGGUGUAUGAUCGUUUUAACUCUAUAACUAUAUACCUAAUAUUGGCUUUUGAUUAAAAACUGCAGUGGUUUUGUUAAAAACAAAACAAAUUCUCAUCUUAAAUAACAAAAAAAGAGUAGUAAAUGUAGGCAACAACAAUCUUUUACUUUAAUUUGUUACUACAAGUUGCAUAGUGUGAACAAACCUUAAGUGAAAACAUUUGAAAUGGUACGGUAUUAGUAAGUGUCUGGUCCUGUUAACUUUUCUAAGAAUUUGUAUUAACUAUGUGUUCAUUGUGCAUGCGAGGAUUUUAAUGUGAAAACUUGUACCAAUGAAAGGAAUGGAGUUCCUUGUUUAAACUUUGCACACAGGAAUUAAUUUUUAUUUACAUGUAGAUAACCCAAAUACUUGUUGCAUCAUUUGUGAGAGAAAAAGGUACACCAAUAUUUCAGUGGCAAAAUUUUCAUUUAGUUUCACUAUUGACAUGCUAUCAUGUGCUACACACAGAGGACUAUUUAAUAUUUGGGGUGGGGUGGAUGGAUUCAAACUGUAUUAUUGUAUAGCAAACUAAAUUGUAAAGGACAAAUUACUUUCAAAAUAAUAAUUUAAGUAACCAAAUUUAAUAUAUUUAUUUUUUAAAAAUCUUUUGGGACUGCAAAUCCACACUGAGAUAGAUGGCAUGAUGAAUAUUUAUUUGAAUAUUAGGCUCUUUAUAUUACUGUAAGUGAAGUUGCACUUUUGUUUAUUGUUUUUCUUUGUCAAAUGUUAAUACAGAUCUAUGUAUUAUUAUUAUUUCUAUUUCUAAUCCAUUUGUAUAGUAUGUGAUGGAAUAAUGGUACUCAAUAACAAAAAGGGAAAAAAGAGUAAAAAUAACCUGCUAUGAAAAUAUUUCUGACUGUUCACCACAAUCUAAGGACGGGCAUUGGCAGUGUAGAAAAUCUCACUUUUAGCUUUGGUUUUAACAAACGGUUAAGAAGAGUUACGGUUCCUUGCUGUGUAGUCGUGAUGGCCGUCAUGUUGGCUCUUGGUCAUUUAUGAUGCUGCUGUAUGUAUUGCUCACCCGAGAGCAACAUUUUAGAUGAUAAUUGUAAAGUGACGAUGCAAAAACUUGGCCGAUAUAUAUUCUUUGUAUGAUUUGUAUUUUAAAUAUACAUGUACUAUGUACCUUUAUGUUUGUGCUGAAUACAUGAUAGAAAUGAAGCAUUUGUUCACUUACCUGCUGUGGUCUUCAUCUGAAAUAAACAAUUUGAAGCAGCA